AUGGUAUUCAUAAGCCCUCAGCGAACUCUUCUUCUCUUUCUGACCGCAGGAAUUUUUCAAACCAAUGCAUUUCCGGCUGAUGGUGCUCCAAACUCACUAUUGCCAACAUUUACUCUUCUUGGUGGAAAUGGAGGCUCAGAGACAGGAAGAUGCACCGGGACAGAUCUUGAAAACCUGAAAGCAUCCUACGAAGAUAUGUGCUUGAUGGCACGUUCAGCCCGUGAUGAGAUCGAUUUCCUCACCCAACAGGCUGCUCUGACUGAGGGUGAUGGACCACCAAAGCCAGCAGACAAUGCACAGGUUCCAGUCGACAAUUGGAAGAGAUGGCAUCGAACCCGUGAAACCUAUGUUUCACUAUUCGGUGCAGAUCCUUUUGUAAAGCGCGGUGACCCGCCCGGGCCCAAGAACCCUGGAGAUUUUAUUGAUGGACAUAAGAGAUUUGUGAGGAAUUUCUACGAUGAUGUAGUCAAUCAGUACUGUGGUGGAGCCCCUGCGCCGGACAAAUCAACACUGGUGUGCACUGAUGCAGAUUUUAAAUUCAUCCAAGUUGGAAAUGUAGAUCCUGGUGAUCCACAGGGUCGUAACAUCGAAGUCACGAAUCCACAAUGUACAAACAUCGAUGGUGUUUGGUAUUCCCAGAACAUGCCUCCAGGCAAUCAAUAUGAUAACCGCGCACCGCCAAGGGAAUCUGGGGAUGGUCCAGUGUGCGAUGAUCCAAACCACUUGGCGGUCGUGGUACGCAAAUGGCGUGCUGUAUUUUUCUGCAAAGAUGGCCUCGACACGAAUGUUCACAAAGUCGUCACCAUCCAGGACGUACGCGACAAGAUCAAACCAGCAAGUAGGAGGUACAAGAAGCUGGAGGACCAUGAAAUCGUUUUACAAGCUCUUACCAUGGGUCAGCUAACGAGACUUGACGAUGUUAAGAGGGUUGGCGGCGAGAUCAUGCCAGUGACUUGGCUACAUGAGAUGCAUCAUCUUCUAACUCGAAGUACUGACGAGAAAGCGGUAGAUAAAACCGGAAAUCGCAUCCGAAUCACAAUAAACGAGUACAACUCGGCUACAAACCAAUACGAAGAUCAUGAAGCCGAUGAAAAAGCGUACGGUUACGACCUUGCUAGAGAUCUAGCACUCCACAACCAUGUCAACGCGAUGGUGAAUCCCGAGAAUGUCGCUUUCUUUGGAUUGGCCAUGUUUUUCAGUGAAUUUGAUUGGUCGAGGGGUUUCGCUAUGCCUUUGAAAGAGCCCAAGUGA